UCCUGACAAGCACGCACCUGGUAUGUAAAACGGAUCGUGAUAGUUUCAAGAGUUAUAGGAACGGACGUUGUAGGUUUCGCAAGGAGUCAAGGACUAUCUCCAUGUACUUGUUGCGCUGACCAAAGUUUGACAGAAGUAAUGACAGGCCCGAAGAAGCCAGUUGUCUGCACCGACCACAAAAUUCCGCUCAACCGAACGCGCAGCACCGCCUUGCUCGCAUCAAAAGAUACCAGCUGUAGUGUUCCUCAGCCACCACCGAUGAAACAACACAUAGCAGCAGCGAUGUACAACGACUCGUUCCAAAAAAAAGCGAAGAAAAGAACAGUAUACUGCUGCCCGUAUAAGUUUUGCACAAAGUCAUAUCAAGCUAGAGCCUGGCUCUUCAAGCAUAUUCGCAAGGAACACUAUGCUGCGUUUCCUGAGUGCAAACCCUCAAUCCGUUGCAUUUUUCUGACAAACUCUGGCAAGAUAAUCGACUUUAAAGAAAAAUCACGCGGUGCUGUCGUGGAUGGCGAAGAAAUUUAUUCUGAACCACAUCCGCAAUAACCACUAUGCCGACCUUCCGACCUUCCUUGAGUUCCAGAUACUCAAUUUCA